AUGGAGACAGAAUUGAAGGUUAAAGAAGAAAUAAAAAGGCUAGUUAAAGCAGGCUUUAUCAGACCAGCCAUUUAUACUGAUUGGUUGUCCAACAUUGUACCAGUUCUUAAAAGAAAGACAGGAGCAGUCAGGGUUUACGUGGACUAUAGGAACCUAAACAAGGCAUCUCCCAAAGAUGAAUACCCCAUGCUAAUGGCAGAUAUGCUAGUAAAUGGAGUUGCUCAUAACCAAAUGCUAUUAUUCAUGGAUGGCAAUGCCAGCUACAAUCAAAUAAUGGUGGCAGAAGAGGACAUCCACAAAACUGCUUUCAUGUGUCCAGGACAUGUACGCGCAUUUGAAUACGUUGUAAUGUCUUUUGGCUUGAGAAAUGUUGGGGCUACCUAUCAAAGAGCGAUGAAUUCUAUGUUCCAUGACAUGAUAGGCCAUUCCCUAGAAGUAUACAUAAAUGAUGUGGUGAUUAAGUCUCUAGAAAAGGGAAAUCAAGUGUCUAAUUUGAAGGCAGCUUUCCUAAGAAUGAGACAACACAAGUUGAAGAUGAACCCCAAGAAGUGCGUCUUUGGGGUUCAAGCUGGCAAUUUCUUGGGAUUCUUGGUUCAUCAAAGGGGUAUAAAGAUUGACACGAACAAAGCGAAAUCUAUUAUAGAAGCAUUGCCACCUCAGAACAAGAAAGAACUACAAAGUCUCUUGGGGAAUAUCAACUUUCUCAGAAGGUUCAUAUCCAAUUAUGCCGGGAAAAUCCAGCCAUUUAGAUGGGAAGAACAACACCAACAAGCUUUUGAGGAAAUCAAACAUUACCGCUCUAGUCCCCCAGUUCUGUCUUCACCCAAUAGGGGCAGACCACUCAAAUUAUAUGUCUCUGCAUCGGAAGUAUCUAUUGGGAGCCUUUUGGUUCAAGACAACAAGAAAGGGAAGGAGCAUGCAGUCUAUUACCUGAGCAGAACUCUGACAGAAGUGGAAAGAAAGUACUCUGCGAUUGAAAGGUUAUGCAUGGCUUUGUACUUCACUACCAUAAAACUCAGACAUUACAUGUUAUCCUUUACCAUUUACAUCAUUGCCAAGACAAUACAUGCUCACACGGCAAAUGUUGAGAGGCAUAAUAGGUAA